CUUGUUUACGUAAAACAUGCUGCGGUUAUCCUGGUGUUUCUCAUUAAAUUGGUAGCUUCCGUUGCUACUAGUAAUAGUAGUCGUUUUACACCCUUACUAAGUUUCAUUUUUAUCAGAUAUAAUCUAAAUUUAAGAUUUAUGACUGUUUUAGUUCGUUCUGCACUUACGUGAUGGAUAUGCACGCUGAACACAAGAUCCUGAAUGUGGGACCCACGGAGCCCUGGUCCAUCAGGGAGAAACUGUGCCUGGCGUCAUCUGUGAUGAGGAGCGGAGACCAAAACUGGGUGUCUGUGAGCAGAGCCAUCAAGCCUUUCUCUGAGCCUGGUCGUCCUCCCGACUGGUUCUCUCAGAAGCACUGUGCCUCACAAUAUUCCGAGCUGCUGGAAGCCACAGAAGCUCCAAAGCGUAAGCGUGGGGAGAAGGGUGAGGUGGUGGAGACCAUCGAAGAUGUAAUCGUCCGCAGGCUGACCACUGAAAGAAUCGAGGAGCUAAAAAGGUUACAGAGAGACACGCAGGAGCAGUACAGGAAGCUGAAGAAGGAGGUGGAACUGAUUCAGACGGGUCACAUGGACUCCCAGCUCAAGGAUCUGUGGGCAGAAAUCACACAAAAGAAGAAGCAGGAGGAGGAGGAGGCAGAGCAGAAGAGGAAAGCCACAGAGAUGGCGUACCAAGCGCGUCAGGCGAUGAAGAACACGCCGAAGCGCCUCCCCAGCGUGACGAUCCGCUCUCCCCUCGGGGCCAGCCCCUCCACACACGACGCUCAGGCGGACUCCGCUGUCCCCACGCCACCCAUGGACACUGAAGGCGUCCCCUCGGAGGACACCGCCGUCCACUCAACGGCUCAGGGGGUGGGCGUGUUCCUGCCGGCCGCGGAGCCUCCCGUGUCGGGGCCAAAAGACGGAGGCCUUGCUUCUCUGGCAGAGGACUCGCCUCAGAAGAGACUCCUGAUGCAGAAAGCCACGCCGCCACCGUCGCCUCUGUUAUCAGAGCUGCUAAAGAAAGGAAACCUCAUCUCAGCCAGCCCACGCCUUGUAUCUGAAGGAGAUGCGAUGACGAGUUUAACCAACGGUGUGCAGACGGCAGCUGCUGCUUUAGUCUUCACCGAGGGCGAUGCAGACGCGGCGGUGAAGGCAGAGCUCAGCGAGGAGACGGGGUUGGCGGAAGAGGAUCUGGUAGCUGUGUCGUACAUGGGGGACGAGCUGGACCUGGAGACGGUGGGAGACAUCAUCGCCAUCAUAGAAGAGAAGGUGGACGACUCGGUGGAGGCUUUAGACGCUGCCGCCGUGGAAGCAGCUCUGUCUCUGUGUGAGGAAGCUGUCUCAGAAGGCCACACCCUGCCUGGGCCAUGGGAGACCCAGGACCUGAAGCCGUCGGAGCCUCCGGUCCAGCACGCCGCCUCGGUUCAGGAGAACCAGGACACCUCGGCCGCACUAGCUCCGUCUUCCGGCGCCCCGGAGUCGCAGAGCCAGCCCGAUGUCAAAAGGGAAGAACAGUUCAAGGGAAACGGUGAGGGAGCCGAGGCGGCAGGAAGCGACGUCAACUCUUCGCUGGCAUCUGAUGAUGGUGCGGCAGGAAGCGAGGUCACAGAGGAGGCGGUGGCCAGCUCGAAGGAGGCCGUCGAAGCUACGGUGAAGACUGAAGGAGAGGACUGGAGUCAGCCGGAGCCCAACCCUCCCUGCCUCGACUCAGAAGACAGCUCCGUGUCUGGGAAAGAGUCCAAGGUGAAGGAAGAGGAGGGAGGGAGCGAGGGCGACCCGGACGACGGGAUGGAGCUGAAGGAGGACUGUGGGGAGGGCGAGGGUCCGUACCUGUCCGAGGUGGAGCGGGCCGCCAGCGAGAGCGAAGACGGCUACGGGCCGCCGUCCCAGCGCUACACCGUGGAUUCCCUGGCCAGCAGCCCAGCCUCCUCCUCCCAGCUCUCCACAUGUGGUGAAGACCAAGAGGCUGUCCAGGCUCAGAAAAUCUGGAAGAAAGCCAUCAUGUUGGUGUGGAGAGCUGCAGCCAAUCACAGGUACGCCAGUGUCUUCUUGCAGCCCGUGUCGGAUGACAUCGCCCCGGGUUACCACAGCAUAGUGCACAGACCCAUGGACCUGUCGGCCAUAAAGAAGAACAUCGAGUCCGGCGUAAUCCGCACCACCGCCGAAUUCCAGCGAGACAUCAUGCUGAUGUUCCAGAACGCCAUCAUGUACAACUCGUCGGACCACGACGUGUACCACAUGGCGCUGGAGAUGCAGCGCGACGUCCUGGAGCACGUCCAGCAGUUCCUGGCCACCCAGCUCAUCAUGCAAACCUCGGAGAGCGCCAUCUCCGCCAAGAGCCUCCGCGGCAGAGAGGGCAACCGCAAACCAGGGGAGCCGGCCGAGAAGGACAGUGUCCCAAUGGCCUCUCCUGCUUUCCUUCUCUCUCUCUUUGUAAGUAUUCGGGUUCUUCCCUCAGAUCUCACCAGAACCAGGUCUCAGCGCAAACAUCACUCACUCCGUCCAUGUGUGACACUUUUCUUCUUCACUGGCAUUAAACACUAAACAGAUGCAGAAAACAACAAGUUUUAUACAGACAGCGUAUGGAUGCAAACAAUUAUUCGAUUUACGAUUAAUUGACGAUUAAUGGUUUGCUAGAUUAAAAUUAGUUCCAGUCCAUAAAUCAAUUACGUCCACUUAGAAUCUAAUCUUAGUGUUGUAGUUUGCCCACCAACCAGCAGAGGGGGCAGCUGGUCAUCCUUAAGCAGAGCCAGUGCUAAAUAUGGAGGAGUCAGAACAGAACGAUAAAGAGAAACUGUCCAAACAGAGUCCAAAGUGGGAGGUGAAAUGGACUUUAUGCGAUUCUGUUUUGAAAUAUUAACACUGUCUGUGCUCCUUAAGCGCUCAUUUAGCCGUACUACAUGGUGGAGCAGCGUUAUCUUAUUGAAAAAUUUGUGUGUUAAUCUGUGUGUUAACACAGAGAAAAUAUAACAGGAUGGAGAAUAAAAUAAAUAACGUAAUUUCAAUAAACAGAAUUUAUUUUUGAGGGCUAUUGUGAGUUAGUUAAAUUAAUUGAGAUAAGUUGUAGCAUUCCUUCAAAAACAAGCACACAAAGUACUUCUGUGUGAAUAUCUCUGUUCAUAGGGAAUUAAGUGUUUCACAUAUUUUCAUCUUUUAUGUUUCUAUUCAGCAAACUAAGCAUUUCUGUUUGGUUAUGUUUUAUAAAUAUGUCCAACUUUAAUGAAAAAGAAAAUCACAAAUUUUAUUUGAGAUCAAUAAUAAAUUUGGCUUACACAAAAUGUGUUUUUUUAUAUAUUAUAUAUUUAAUGUGACAGGACCAACACGGUAUGGGUAGCUGUAAGGUUCUGCAGUUUUCUGGUUUUUGUUCAGCAUGACUUUGUUUCACCAACAACUAAAACAAAAGGCAGUCAGACAAUCUGUCAGGCUGUUGCAGCUCCAAACACUGAGGCUCAUAAACCAGCCAUCAUCUUCAGACACCCUCAAAACACUCUAGCUUCUGUUUGCACACCGUUUUAUCAGCCACUCAAACUUCCCUGUACCCUCUCAUCGUACAAGCUCCCAGUCCACGCUGCUUUCCUGUUUUUCUGUUUUUUUCACAUGCGUUUCUCAGUGUCUCUCUUUCUCUGCAUGCUCUAAUUUCUUUUCUUCUUUGUAUCUUUUUUUUUUUUUUUUUAAAUCUUCCCUUUUUCAGCCAUCCUUAUUUUUCUUCCGUUUUGUCCGUUGUGUCGGGAGGAAGUCCUCCGAGGUUGGACCAUGCCGUGUUUUUGUGCGGAUCUCGAUCUCGUAACGAGGUCUCCAAUCUUUUGACCUUCGCGCCUUGACGAAAUGAUUCCCUUUCUGUCUCUCCCA